AUGAACGGCGAGGAGGAAACGCAUCCAACUAAACGGUUGGAAGAAAGUAACCAAGAGGAGGGGUACCACCAUCAUCCGAUGCGAAGACCCAAUGAAACCCAUUUUAGCACAUCUGACAGAGGGGGCCCUCCAAGAGUGCCCUGUGAAAGUACCACAGCACCCCUCCGGACAUAUUACCACCAGGAAAAUGACCAAGUGUACUUGGGCCAACAUAAUUUGCUUCCUAAAUGGGGCAAUUAUCACCAGGACUCUUUUGCAAAUGAACAGUCGUGGGAUAAGCACACCAUUGAAGAGACCCAAAAUGAGCAUCUCAUGGGGGGACGCAUAUCGAGUAAUAAUGGCAUAGGAGAAUUACCGUAUGGAGAUGCGCAAAAUGGAGCCAUUUUUAACAACUUUGUGAAGGUCCCUUUGAACGUGGACCAAGUCGGAAUGAACAGAGUACUUCCGCAUGGUGCGAGCAGCAUGCACAUGAGUACUUGGAUGUAUCACCCUAGUCAGAGUAACCAACAUGUGGUUCGGGCGGACCAUCACACAUAUGCAGGCAUGGGUGCUGCGUCUGUGGCUUCUUCCUCCGGUGCUAACUCAUCUGGAGGCUUCCCCACGGCGUAUGACCCGAGAGCGGUUGCUAGUGCACACUCGUCCGUGGGCUUCCACCAGGGAGUGGCUUCCCAACAAGCGUAUGCCGUGCAGCAAAGGUAUGCCACCCACAAAGGGUACAACCCCCCUGGUGCUGACAACCAAAACGGUGCUCGAGAUAGCUACUGUGCAGUGCUAGGGAAUAAUCCCUAUGCAGCGGAACCGUUCACAAAUUAUAAUGACCGACGUAGAGGCAGCUUUGGCCAGUACGGAGAUAACAGUGCGGGGGAGUACCCCAUGCGGGAGGGAGUGAACAGGCAGAGGUACCAAGCCAGUGGAAGUGGUGUGCUGGGCCCUAGUGGGGAAUUGCAUUAUAGGACCCGCGUUGAUGAAAGUGAUGCCCCUUAUGCGGCGAGUAUGUACCAGGGGGGCGAACGCGAGUGGGCGGAGGAUGUAUUGCAGAGGAGGGGUGGCAACUCCAAAGGAGGAAAUCGCUUCGUUGGUAAUCGUUCCGUUGGUAAUCGUUCCGUUGGUAACCGCUCCGGUCAUAAUCGCCCCGUUGGCAAUCGCGCCUCUGUUGCUCGAUACGCUGCUAACCGCUCCACUGCUAACCACGCCCAGAAGGCCCGCCCAGCAGGACACAUGGAGGGGAAGACACCCCCAGAAGUGGCCCACCAAGGGAGGAUCAAAACGAAAAGAGAAGAGAACAAAAUCCUGCUGACGGAGGACAGGCAAAAGAGCGCCCAAAGGAAUAUACAAAAGCUUUCCAUAUAUAACUCGAGAAAUGAAAUUUUAAAAAUGAUAGAACAGCAUGAUAUCACAUUCAUUCAAGGUGAAACAGGUUCUGGCAAAUCAACAUGUGUACCCAAGUUCCUUCUGGAAGAAAAACUGAAAGAAGGAAAAGAAAAAAUAAACAUAAUUGUAACUGAACCCAGAAGAAUCGCUUGCAUUUCCUUAUCUAGGAUACUUUCAGAGCUCAUAAACGAAAAGCUAGGUAACACAGUAGGUUACAGAAUUGCAGGGGAGGCAGUGUAUGACAGCGAAAAAACUUUAGUCACAUAUAUAACCGUUGGAUUCCUUUUUAAGCUGUUUCUUCAUCACAGAAACAUGUAUAAAAAAUUUACACACGUUAUAAUUGAUGAGAUACACGACCGGAGUAUCCUCCUAGAUAUCGUUUUGCUUUUCAUUAAGGUAUAUUUGCACAGUAAGAGGAAGGAUGAGGAGAUAUUCAAACUUAUUAUAAUGUCUGCAACCAUGCAAAGCAAUAUGUUCCAUUCGUACUUUGAGCAUGAAAGCAUCUCCGUGGGGUCCAUUUUCAUAGGCACCAAAAUUUAUAACAUUGAUACGUUUUACAUUGAGGAUAUUAUGCGCUAUGCGCGAGGAGAGGACAUCGACUCGGACGAAGACUAUACCAGUGACGCGGCUUGCGGCGGACGUAGCGCACCGUGCAGCGAUGAAGUUUGCCCCGAGUCAGGGGCAGACCUGCCGCUAAGCUAUUCCCACCCCGCUAAAUACGAAAAGGUAAUAGAAUUCAUCCUGCGCCAAAAGAACCGCACGAAGUUGCACCUGUCCAGGGGCGCAGAAGCUCUGCUACAAAGAAUAAAAAACGAAUACGACAAAAGUAUAAAUCUGUUCAAUUCAAAAAACGAAAGAAGCGACCGACACGACCGAAACGAGUCGCACAAAGACGACAUAGAUGUGGAACAAAUAAUACCAGCGAACGUCUUUUCGAAUAUCUCGGAGCUGUGUCUGGAGCUAGUGCACAACUUGUGCCUUCUCGGAGACAGCGUCCUCAUUUUCCUAUCAGGAAUGCAAGACAUAACAGACAUGUACCACCAGCUCUGUAUCAUCAUCAAUAACAACCCAAACAAACACCAAGUUAGAUUCCACAUACAUAUACUCCACAGCUGCCUCUACGACAACACGAUUCAUAAGUUACACGAGAGUUACAAGGAUAGCAUUAACAUUUUUCUCUCCUCCAAUAUCGCAGAGAGUUCAAUUACCAUCCCCAAUGUUAGAUUAGUCAUUGACUUUUGCAUACAAAAGAAUAUUGAAUACAAUGCUGACAGGAAAGCCCACAUCCUAGUGAAGAAAUGGGUUAAUAAAUCUUCCAUGGAGCAGAGAAAGGGCAGAUGUGGGAGAACAUGUCAUGGUAUAUGCAUUCGCAUGAUUAGCAAAAAUUUUUUGAAUCUCCUAAGAGAUCACAAGGUUAGCGAGGUUUACACACAUAGUCUACACUUGCUGUAUCUUUACAUUUUAAAGAGCAUGCCCGUGUUGAGUCAGCUAAUAAGGGGAAGCAACAAAGCAGGUCUCCAGGAUACUCCACCUGAUGGGUCGGCUACACGAGUUGAUACAGUACCCCCCCAAAACAAACUAAGUAUGUACGACGUGCUCAGCAUGAUCAUUGAGAAGCCCCCCAGGGAAAAGAUAAGGAGUACGAGACACGAGCUAGAAAAAAUGAAAGCGAUUAUUAAGAUCAAGGAUAAGCUAGUUAUUUCUAUUAUAGGGCAAAUUAUGAUUCGUUUUAACAUGAGUAUAAAUCUUUGCAGAUUACUUCUCUUCGGGGUUGUAAUGAAUGUAACAUUUGACACGAUCAUUGUCACAGCCAUCAUCAACACGAAUGACAUAUUUCCAUCCUUUAAUCUGUUCACCUCGAAGAGUAUAUACUCUUAUGGGGUAUCCCUAGAAACGUCCCUCAAGCAGAAGCAGUACUUUGAUGGGAAAACGUAUUCAGAACCUAUCAUGCUUAGAAACGUCUUUAUCGAAUGGCUAUGUGUAUUUUCACUCUACGUGCAAGAUUUAAAAAAUGAAAAAAAAUUUGAAAAAUCUCAUUUGAAGAGUUACUAUGUUACCACCUGCACAUUAAUGAACAAGAGAAACCACAUCAAUGCGAAGAAGCUUCUCUGUGUGGUAAGUAGCGUUAACAAUUUGUGCAAACGAUUGUUAAAAAUACUCAACAGGGGUAGCAAUGCGUAUAGAUCGGCAGUGUACCUUUUGAAUCUUCUCAGGGGGGAAGUUACUACCACAAGUUUAAGCACCCCAUCACAACAUAACGGAGAGGCGGAUGACACUUGUGAUGAACCCGUGUAUGAAACUGUAAAUUCGACGAACGUCUUCCGCAUCGUCACCAGAUAUUCAUGUUAUGACCCUUCCAACGAAAACCUUUAUUUGAAGUUCCUCUUUUCUCUUGCCUUCACCCCCUUGUUUAUUCAUGGGUCUCCACAUUUACCCAUACAAAACGACAGUGAAAAAAAGGCCAAGGGAAAGAAGCUACUCACCCUACUAAACUAUAUGACGCAACAGAAAUUAAAUGUAAAAAAUUGCAUAUACUUUAGGGGACCCUAUUACCACGAUCUUAGUGUGUUAAGGAAGGCCCUCUUCAUCAUGUGUCCCUACUUAUCCUUUGACUUGCUAAGAAAUAAGAACUUUUAUAUCAUUCAUUUUUCCGACAAGGGGGGUGUGAACAAGUACUUGAAUGAAUCGCUUCCCCACGACCAAGUCUUCUCCCCCCCUGUUGUCACAUAUGGAGACGAGACGCAGUGCGGCCAGACCAGCGGUACAGAUAAUUAUGGCGUGCUAAUUGGACCUGAACUUAGAACAGUUCUUACAAACACGAUGGACGAAAAAGUGUAUGAAGGAAUUAUGCAACAAAUAAAAAGGGAGUUACUUCACAUGUACGGAAAUGACACAGAGAAAAAUAUUUUUAUUAACUUUCAUGAAAAUAUUAUUAGAGUUGUUCAGCCUGUUCAGGCAAUAGUACCCGUGCAUAUAAACCAGAAGGACGAAAUUAACAACGCUUCCCUAUGUACUAACAUCAUUAACAUGUUUUCAAGUGGUCGUACUUGCUUUAGCAUUCCCUUGUGGAAGAAGGGCCCCUCUGCCCAUGGAGGUUCUUAUCAUCGAACCGGUGCCUCUCGAGUCAGUACCUAUUUUAACCACAACUACGAGAUGAACAAACCCAAACAUCUCUUCCUCGUCAAGUGGACCCUCCUCAACACCGAUAAUUACAAAAUCAGCAAACGGGAAAAGGCGGAAAGGGAGCUGCGCCGCGCAGAGCGGGAGGCGCAAAAGAGGGCGCAACAUACGGAACAAAUAACAAACAAAACGAAAGGCCAUGGUGUUGGUUACACCAAUUUCCAUGCCAAUCAGUACAAGGAGGAAGAUGAUGAUGAGGAGGAGGAAGCUCCUCUCGAGUGCGCCGACCAAGAUGGUGUCAACGUGGAAGAGCAAAUGGAAGAAGCCGCUUUAAGCAACCCCAACUUGAGCUCCGAUUGUUCCGACCUCAGCAACAAGAGUAAAAAAAAAAAAAUGAAAUGUAAUUUGAGUUUCAGGUCCGUCCUUGGCUUCCUCUCCCUAUGUCCAUUUGAUUAUGAUGCACAAAAAAGAAUAUACAAAAGGCAGACGCAAAACAUUUUUGCAGUGUGCUCAAGCAUCGAUUAUAGCUGCACCAAUGAAACAUACACGUGGGUCAAUUACGCCACUGUUAUUCCAAAUAAAUAUUUUCUCAGUUUUUUUCUGUCUUCUCUUCCCUACCAUGAUAAUGUUAUUCUAAACACCAGAACUAAUUUAAGAGGGGUUGACAUUUUGUCGGUAAAAAUAUUCGACUCGAAAGAGAUAACCAUUAUUGAUGUGAAGAAGAAGAGGUCCAAGGGGGGGGAGGAUGUGACGACUGCUGAGGGGGACAUUGGUGGAGUCACAUCGGACGGGACGAACCGAGGUGCUUCCCCAAGCGCAUUAUCUAUUAACAAGUACGACUUGCUACGCAUUAAUUACUUGCGGUACUGCUUGUCCUCCUUUUUGUUUUUUCUCACAUGUGUGUAUAACAACUGGGAUGAGGACGAGUACCGCAUGGAGGCCAGCCCAACAGGUCAAACGAGCACCGAGUGCGUAGCUCAGCCACGCUCGGAAGAGCCAAAACAGGCGCAGGGGAAGCGGCACACUAGCAGCACCGGUGAUGAUGAUCGUGGUGGUGAUGGUGAUGACCGUGAUGGCCUUGCUGAUGGAGAAAGCGCGCACCCAGACGUGACAGACGAGGCAAACGAGCCGGACGAGUACUUCAGCGAAGACGACGCAGUGAGCGACGUGGAGGAAAACCGAGUGCUCAGGGAAAGUACCUACAUCAGCAAAGUCAUACGUAACCUAAUUGAAGAAAAUAAUCGCGAGGACAUAAACUACGACAUGUACGAAAUGGGACGCGAUGAAGAUGGUGAUAGUCGCGAUAGCUGUGGUGAGAGCGAUGACGACGCCCUGCCCAGCCGACGGGGAAGGCGAGCACAUUUCAACCAAAGUUUACUCCAUGCAAGUGAAGACUUACUAAUCUUGAACGAAGCAUGGAAUAAAGGCAAAGGGGCACAUCUCCUAAAGACGUAUGACCACCUUUUCAAUUACGUGAGCUCACCAAAUGACCCAUCAUUAGUGAACAGUGCACCUCGGGAGAAAUCUCAAACGUGCCUAUCGUUAGUUAAGAAAUGCCACUUAAACAAUAACAUCUCACUUCAGAUUUUACAAUCUGUGAAUGCAUAUGCGAAGGACUGCACGUCUGAAGAGUUCUUAUUUUUUAAUCCCAUUAAUUUGGGGCCAAUAGAAGAUUUGAAUUACCGCCUCCGGUGUAUGUACUACGAGGAGUGCUCUUCGGAGGGGGGAGGUCUCAGCGGUGUGCAACGGAUGUAG